UUGGCUGUAGAAAAUGUAUUUUUGCAUAGAAGACACACACACAAUAUUUUUUCACACAGAGUUACAGGGACAGAAAAGAAAUUUGUGGAAAAAUAAAAUUUUAUUUAAAUUUAUAAUCUAAUCUUUAUUAAUAAACUUUAACUGAAAUUAUGUGAAAAAUGUCAAAAAUGCAAGUAAACAGUGUUGUGUAUUAAAAGAACAAAAAGAAAAAGCAAGAAAACGGGAUUUUUUCUACGUUUGACAAGUAAAAUAAAUUACAACAAAAAAACUAAUAGACAAAUAUUUUUUGUAAAAAGAAGUGUGUGUGUGUAUAUAGAGAAAUUAUAAAAAUAUAAAAUUUUUAUAAAGAAAGUAUAAGUUAUUAUUUAUAAAACUUAUAUAAAAAGAAGUACUUAGUACAUACCACUAUGGAGUCCACAGGAGGCAGCUCCGGCUCUGCAAUGACGGCGGCGGCUGCCAUGCCAUCACCGUCAGUUGUGGCUGAUGGUAGCAAAGUUUUUUGUUCUUCUCUAUUUAAAGCAACGAACUAUGAAUUUGAUCCCAGUAUUUCGGAAGAAGAGAGACGCUUUUAUCUGAAAGCCUAUCCAACAGUCGAUGUGGUACGUGAACGUAAGACACAUUGUACAGUAUGUAAAGUACAUAUUGGUACAGCACCGGUACAGGAAAAUGGCAUUAAAAUGCAUCCUAUCUUACGUGUGACACACUGCAAUAAAUGUCAUGAUUUUUACAAUAGCGGUGAAUUUAGUAAGGGUGAAGAUGGUUCGGAAUUGUAUUGUCGUUGGUGUGGACAAGGUGGUGAAGUGUAUUGCUGUUCCAGUUGCCCGUAUGUCUUUUGUAAAUCUUGCAUUGUUAAGAAUUUAUCAAGGGGUGUAGUGGCUGAUAUUGAACAGAAUGAAAAUUGGAAUUGUUUUAGUUGUGCCCCGAAAAUAUUAUGGCCAUUGAGGGCUCAACAUUGGGCUCUUAUGAAUUAUAUUGAACAGCAGAAAAAAGAAAUCUAUGCUCUUCAUUUAAGUGAAUCUGAAUUAAAAUUAAAUCUGAGUAAAGAUCGCAGCAGGUGUUGUCGUUUGGCAAAGUCAAAGUGUGGCAACAUGUCAGAUUCUAUGGAAAGUUUAGACUCGGUGGCUUCGAAACGCAGUCACGGCAGUGGCCAAUCUGCCAAGAAACCCAUGAAACAUUCAGCUACACCUUCGCCACAACAAAUGAAUGCGGCCAAACGUGCAAAAACCAACGAUGAAGUAGUCUGUACACCCGACUUGCUCAGCAUGCUGGAGCCAGAUUGUCAAAUAACCGUCUCACAGAAACCGAACAGACCUAUGAAUACACCUUCGGCCACUACACCGAAAAUCAUGUCCAUUCAGCAGCCACAAGGCGGUUAUGGUGCAAUGUCUUCAACACCCAAAACUUCAGCACCACCGCCACUAGUAUUACGCAACACCGCUAUAAAAUUAAGGCCUGCUGCCCCUCCACCAGUUGUUAGACGCACCAUAAUAGGACCACGUACUCCCACGCCAGGAGGCAAUGGCACUCCUGUCUAUCACACCAUCAAUGGUUAUCGUAUUGAUUUGAAUUCUGCUGCCCAGCAAGAGACUUUCCGUUUACCAAAUGGUAAACUUAUACAAGUUAAACGACAAGGUCCUCCUACACCCCAAAAUGCUUCCCCAACAGCAAACAAUUGGCAGCGCAUGAGCAGCCCUCAGCCACAAAGGGUCAUACCACAAACUAUAGCUUCACGACCAGUGCAAAUUACACAACAUCCCUACAACAUCAGUGUACAACAACAGCCUGGACAACAUCCUCAAGUGGUGCGUUAUCACAACAGUAUGAUUGGUUCCACCUCGAUUAAUCAGGUCAAUCAUAAUGGCACUACUAUACAAGUUGUAAAUGGUCAAAUGUCCGCUGGACCCCAACAGGCACAACAACAACAGCCACCACCGAUUCCGAGUGGUCCCGUACGUCCCGUUAUGGUACGACAUGUCUUUCCCGACAAUCCCAUCGGUCAGGCACGUGCUGGCUUGCAAGAUCAAGUCUUUAAUGCUAUGGAAAUUUGCACUCAUCUCACAAACAAGGUUCAAACUCUUACCAAUUCAAAUGCUUACAAACAAGCACGCAACUUUUUGGAAGUUAAAGAACUCUACAUACAUCUUUCGUAUUUGUUGACAUAUGCCAUUGGACGUUUCAAGAGUUUGCAGGACAAAUGUUUGGGUGAUAUGCGCACGCUUGGUUUCGGCAAUGAUGCCGAUUGUUUGGAAAAUGGCCAAUUGGCAGCUGAUAAACAAGCCAGUGAUGAUGAAGAUAAUGAAAUUGAAAUUGUGGAACCUAAAACUGAUUUGAUCACUUUGGAUUCAGACGAUGAUGAACCCUCUGCAACUUCGCCCGCUAAAAACCAGCAAACCAAUGCCCAAAAUAAAACACAACAGCAAUCUUUCUCUAGUACACAGCACAGUGUUGAUGUCAAAGUUAAACCUGCAACUAUAGCGCCAGCAAAUAGACAAGUUGUCAUUAAACCUGCGGCUCCUGCAGCUGCGGCACCACCAGCUGAGGAAAAUAUGGAUCUAAUGUCAAUGGCUCAGAGUUUUUUGGCAAGUAUGUUGGAGGUAGACAUACAAGAGGGACCAGUUAACUCACCCGGUUCAGAUUCCUCCGGUCAAAAGAAACAGCCGCGUAAAAAAUUAACCAAUAAACCGAAUCCCACUUUACUAAAGCAAAAAGCUUUAAUGGAACUAGAACGUUUGGAGGAAAUGAAGCGUAAUGAUCAAAAACUAAAAAUGAAAUGUGCGGUAGAAUUGAAAAAGGCCGAAGAAGUGUUUCCCUUUGCCAAGGAAAUGUUAGAGGCUAAGGCUAAAGAGAAACAAGAAUAUGAAGAAGCUAAGAAAAAUAAACUCGAGCAAAAGGAAGUCAUAGAAUUGGAAGAUGAAAAGGAUAAAUCAAAUGAAAAGUUAGAAGACUCCUUGAAUAGUUACACAGAAGAGAUAAAGGAAAAUAAAGACAAAGAUUCCUGCUCAGCAACAAUAGAAGAGAAAGAAGCUGCAGACGAAACUUCUAUAGAAAUUAUAGAAAUAAAUAAUUCAGCAGCAGAAGAAAAAGAUAAUGAAAGGGAUACUUCUAAGGAUAUAACGGAUAAAGAAGUAUCAAUAGAAGUUAUAGAAGAUAUUGAAGACACUACAACGGAAAAUAUAGAAGAGAAAGAAAACUCAGAGGAAACUAAAGAAAAAGAAUCAUCAAUAGAGAUUAUAGAUAAAACAGAAGAUAUUAAAGAAAAAGAGAAAGAGGAUAAGCAAAAGAAAGAGGCAGAGGAAGUUAAAGAAGAGGAUGAAAAACUAAAUGAUAAUGAUAAAACGGAAACAGAAGCAAUUUCCGAAACAACUGAAAAGGAACAGGAUAAAGAUAAAGAACAAACAAAUGCUUUAGCAGAUAAAGACAAAUUAGCCGAAGUUAUGGAAAUUGAGGAAAAAUCACCAGCAACACCAACAAAAGAUGAACCCAUGGAUAUAGAUGAAAGUAAUGAAGAAUCUAUACAUAAAGAACCUACCGUACCAGAGGACAAAGAAAGUAAAUCUAUUGAAAUUAUGCAAAAAGAACAAGAAAAAGAAAUGGACAAGAUACCUACAGCAGCAACAGAAAAUAAUGACAAAAAUGAAGACAAACAACUGGAAAAGGUGCUAACACAAAUAGAGGAAAUAGAAAAAAAUGAAAUGGAAUUAACAAAACCCACAAAUGUAACAUUAUUAAGCGACAAACAAGAGCUCGAUAACACAACAACAGCAACAAACAUAGAAAAGGUAAAAGAAAAAGAAAAAGAGAAGACAUUAAAUGAAAAAGCUAGUGAAGAAGCAACAAAUAAAACACUUCCCUCCUCUACAACAGCAGAACUUCCCCAUAAGGAAACAGAAACUAAUAAAACAACUGCAAUAGGAAACGAAACAACAGCAACAUCUAGCAAUGGCAAUGUUUAGUAGAGUUUUUUUUUUAAUUUAAAUUAAACAAACAAAAAAGAAAUUCAACAAAUUAGAUUUAUAACUAACUAAAACGUACAUAGUUUUUAAUAUUUAAAAAAUAUAUACUUGAAUUAAAAUAUCAUCAAAAUACAACACUACUUACUCGAAAACAUACAUUAAAUGUAUACAUUUUACUAUUAUUAUUUUUUAUAAAUUAUAAGAUCAAUAAUAUCUAACAUUAACAUACAAAAACGUUAAAUGUUCUUCUAUAUAUAAAUAAUAUAAAAAUCAUAAUUUUCAUGACUUUGUAGUCGUAAGUGCUUUAAAUUUUUCCAAAAUCAAUUUAUAAUAAUGACCAUUAUUAUUAUUAUUUAGUUUCCUAAACUUGGCAGUUAUUUUGUCAAUAGCUCUUUAUUUUUUUUUUCGUAUUAAUUGCAUCAAUAUAUGAUAAGUUUCUUUAAUAUUGAGUUUAUUAAAUUGUAUUUUUUUUAUUGUAAAUAUUUUCUUCAUUUAAUUUUGAUUAUGAAAUUUUUAGCUAU